AUGGCUGGUUGUCUGCAAAGUUCACCACUUUGUCAGAAGUGGGAACUUUUGAGAUGCCUGCUUGUGACAUUUGCCCUCGGUCUUUGUUUUACAUCAGUCGAUGCAGAGCCUUUUGACCCAGCUCAUCUUUAUCGCCACAGAUCUGGACCUAAUGAAGACAACAUCAUCAUCGCUAACAAUGGGAUCAGGGUGCCUUUUGGUAGGUCUGUUUUUUUGGACCCUUUGAAUGACCUGGUAACCGAAGUGCAGCCUGGUGACCGCUGCCACAUCACCGUUUUGGACAAUGACCCACUGGCCCAGAAACCUGGCAUGCUGACCCCCAAAAAGUUUCCCUGUUCUUUUGGACCCGAUGAAGUGAAGUACACUCAUUUUGGAUCCCGUAGCCCCAGCAAGGAUCGAGUGAAGCUGCAGCUUCGUUAUGACUCUCAAACAGACACAGUUAUCAUCCCUUUUAUGCUGGAGGUGGAGGUGGUUUUCCAGCAACUUGAGAUCCUCACCAGGAAUAUGCCCCUCAAUGUUGAAAAGCUCAGCGGCGACAGCAACCCCAUUGACAAAAAGGCUUUGGAGUUCACUUUUGAGGAUGGCGUCACACAGUGUAAGAUCGCCACUCUGGUCAGCGCUGGAGGUCUCCCCAGGUAUGGCAUCCUUUUGAAUAACCAAAAUGGCCAAAUGGUUGACUGUGAAGAGUUUGUGAAACAGGGCAUUCGCUACAAGCACACAGCUAAAACCAACUCACCAAACAGAGACUACGUACCAAUGAUGGUUGAGCUGCAGGAUAACGAAGGCGGCAUCAUAACUCAAGAGUAUUUCCAAAUGAUGGUUAGGAUCAGAGAGGGUGCAGAGAACACAGCUCCUAAACCCAGCUUUGUUGCCAUGAUGAUGAUGGAGGUUGACCAGUUUGUGAUGACAGCUAUUACGAGUGACAUGCUUGCUGCUGAAGAUGUCGAAACUGACCCAGAUGAUUUAAUUUUCAACAUUACUUCUCCACUGACCCCUCAACAGGGUUAUAUCUUCAGCACAGAUGAUCAGAACUUGCCUAUCACUUCCUUCUAUCAGAGGGAUAUCAGAGAUCUUAAAAUAGCUUAUAAGCCACCUUCAGAGGACUCAGAAGUAGAGAGGAUUUUUCAGCUAGAGCUUGAAAUUGUAGACACUGACGGCGCUGUGUCUGAUACCUUUGCUUUUAUGAUUGUGGUGAAGCCAAUGAAUACCUUGGCUCCUGUAGCGACCAAAAAUACAGGGCAGCUAUUGUUUGAGGGGCAGUCCAGAGCGCUCUCCAGCUCCCAGAAUUUAGAGAUUAGUGAUGAGGACAACCUGGAAGAUGUUAGAAUAACUGUGGUUGAUGGCUUAAAGCAUGGCGACCUGACCGUGCUCGGCUCUCGCAGGAAAUUCUUUACACCUGCCGAUCUAGAUGCCGGCAUUGUAGUGUACCAGCAUGACGGCAGCGAUACCUAUAGCGACAACAUUAUUUUUAGGAUGACUGAUGGCGGCAAUGAAGUGGAGUUUUUGUUCCCCAUCACGAUUGCUCCAACUGAUGAUGAGCCUCCUAUUAUCAAUGCUAACACUGGCCUGGUGCUAUUCAAAAAUGAAGUCAUGCAGAUUUCUCCCUUUAUCCUGAGUGCCACAGAUAUUGAUUCAGAAGAUUCAACCAUUAAGUUUAUACUGGAAGCUCCAUACUCCACGGUUGGUGAGCUUUUGUUAAGGCAAGUAGAGCCUCCCUCUGACCCAUCUCUAUGGAAGUUCAGUGAGACCGAUGAGAUGUUUGAACAGGUGGUGACCGAAUGGUUUCAGCAGGAUAUUCUUGAUGGAAAGCUGUUCUACCGUCACAUCGGACCGCAUAGCACCACCACUGUAAUCGAUCACUUUAUUUUCCGUGUUCAGGAUGACAAUGACCCUCCUAAUCAAUCAGGGGAACACAUGUUCACCAUUAAAAUACAUCCUGUUGAUGACCUUGCCCCAGAGCUUCUCACAGGAACCACCCUUCACAUGACGGUCCAGGAGUACGAACUGACGCACUUUAGGAAAAAAUUCUUGUGUUACACUGAUUUAGACUCAGAUGAUAGGGACUUGAAGUACACCAUCAUUAAGCCCCCAACUGACACUGAUGAGAACAAUCCAGCUCCCUUGGGUGAUAUUGUCCUGACUGACAGCCCUGACACUAUAAUUACAGAGUUCACACAGGCCCAGGUUAAUCACCAUAAAGUAGCCUACAAGCCUCCAGACCAGGAGCUGGGUAUCACCCCCAAAGUAGCUCAGUUCACUUUUAUUGUGGAGGACACAGCUGGAAACACAGUGGAUGGACUUUUUACCAUUUUCUUACAGCCGGUUGACAACAAACCCCCAUUUAUCACGAACACAGGAUUCACUGUAAUGGAAAGCAGUACAUAUAUCAUCACCAGAAAAGAGCUUCAUGCUACAGACACAGAUACAGAUGAUGAAAAUAUCGUGUUCACCCUGACCCUGGUUCCAGUGUAUGGGCAGUUGCAGUACUUGGGGAUCGAGAUGACAAACGGAGAGACAUUUGUACUUGAAGACAUUGAAAACGGCCGCAUUGCUUACAUCCACAGUGGAGAGGAAUCCUUGAGCGAUGCCAUUAAACUUGAUGUCAGUGAUGGUUUUCAUGAGGUACCAAUCACCAUUAAGAUAACCAUCGAACCAGUUGAUGAUGAACCCCCUACACUUGUGCUUUCAGAAGGCCUCCUUGGAGCAUCUAUUGAUGUGCUGGAAAAUGGGGCGACAGAGAUCACAAGUAAUGUCAUUCAGGGUCGUGAUGAAGACACAGAUGAUCUCAUGCUCACAUUCAUUGUUGAAGAGCCUCCGAAGCUUGGUGAAAUUCUGGUUCAUGGUGCUCCUGCAGAGCGGUUCACCCAGGAAGACAUCAUCAAUGGGGCAGUGGUUUAUGCUCAUACAUCUGGUGAAAUUGGACCAAUCAAAGAAUACGACUCCUUUAAUCUUACUCUGUCUGAUUUGUCAGAUCAGUGGGUUGUUGGUGGCAACAAAGUCCAGGGUGUGAAAGUUCACGUCACUAUCCUUCCUGUUGACAGCAUUCCACCUAUUGUUAGUGUUGGAGAUCCGUUUGUUACAGUGGAGGGGGAGAAGAAUGUAAUUACUCUAAAUCAUAUCCAAGCUGAAGAUAUUGACACUAAUGAUGACGAUAUCCUGUGCACAAUCAUUGUCCAGCCAACAUCUGGUUAUGUGGAGAACAUCUCCCCAGCUGCAGGUUCUGAGAAAUCCAGGGCAGGGACAGCAAUCACAGCUUUCAGUAUCAAAGACAUCACUCUUGGUCAUAUCUACUAUGUCCAAAGUAUUCACAAAGGGGUUGAACCUGUGGAGGAUCGUUUCACCUUCCGCUGCUCAGAUGGCAUUAACUUCUCUGAACGUCAUUUCUUCCCCAUAGUCAUCAUUCCAGCCAAUGAUGAGAAACCUGAGAUUUUUAUCCGUGAGUUUGUGGUAAUGGAGGGCAUGAGUCUGGUCAUCGACACGCCAAUUCUUAAUGCAGCUGAUGCUGACAUCCCCGGGGAUGAGUUGUACUUUGAGAUCAUCAAAAAACCUAAACAUGGCUCAAUAGUUCAGCAGCUCAGCACUGGCACCAUCACUGUAGAAACUUUUGAUUUGGAACAGAUUAAAGAGGCAUCAAAUAUUGUUUACGAACAUGAUGACUCAGAGACCAAAGAGGACAGUUUUGAAAUCAGGCUCUCAGAUGGGAAACAUACAGUGGAAAAAACUGUCCUUAUCAUGGUAAUUCCAGUUGAUGAUGAGACACCAAGGAUGGCUAUAAACGAUGGUCUUGACGUUGAAAUUGGAGAGACAAAAGUCAUCAGCAACAGAGUUCUAAAGGCGACAGAUCUUGAUUCUGAAGACAAAGAGCUGACCUAUGUCGUGCGUUACGGCCCAGGGCAGGGCUAUCUCCAGCGUAUCACCAAGUUUGGUGAUGUUUUGGGCAAUAUUACCCUGGGGAUGAACUUUACACAGGAUGAAAUUGACAAUCAACUCAUUCAGUAUGUACACACCGGCCAGGAGGGAAUCCGUGACCUGCUUAAGUUUGAUGUCACAGACGGUAUCAAUCCCCUUAUUGACCGCUACUUUUACAUCAACAUUGGGAGCAUCGACAUGGUCUUUCCAGAUGUGAUCAACAAAGGUGUGACUCUGAAAGAAGGAGGGAAAGUAACUCUUACCACUGACCUCCUCAGCACCUCUGACAUCAACAGUCCUGAUGAAUACCUUAGCUUUAGCAUAACAAGAGCACCUAGCAGAGGUCACUUAGAGAGCACCGACCAACCAGGAGUCCCCAUUUCCACUUUCACACAACUCCAGCUCGCUGGCAACAAAAUCUACUACAUCCACACCUCUGAUGAUGAAAUGAAAAUGGACAGCUUUGAGUUUGAGGUGACAGAUGGUUUUAACCCAGUUUUCCGCACAUUCAGAGUGUCCAUCACAGAUGUGGAUAAUAAAAAACCUGUGCUGACUAUAAGCAAACUUUUGGUAGAAGAGGGGGAAACUAAGCUCAUUACACCAUUUGAGUUAACAGUUGAGGAUCGGGAUACCCCUGACAAACUGCUAAGGUUCAUAGUCACCCAGGUGCCGGUGCACGGACAGCUGCUGUUUAACAAUACUAAGCCAAUCACCACCUUUACCAAGCAGGACCUGAAUGAGAACCUUAUCAGCUAUAAGCAUGAUGGCACUGAAACCAAUGAGGACAGCUUCUCCUUCACUGUAACAGAUGGCACUCACACUGAGUUUUACGUCUUCCCUGAUACUGUGUAUGAAACACGCAAACCCCAGAUGAUGACAAUCCACAUCAACACUGUGGACAACGGUGUGCCGCAGAUUGUGGUAAACAAAGCUGCUGCCUCGUUAAAGGUCCUCCCAACAGGCCACCUCGGCUUCCUGAUCACCAGCAAGUCCCUUCGAUCAGAGGAUCGGGACAGUGCUCAGAAGGCCCUGAAGUACACUGUGUCUGUAGCUCCUCUGCAUGGCUUCAUCAUAAACACAGCACUGGGCAAUGACAGCGUCAAGACCUUCACACAAGGUAAGCUGAUGAAGCUCCCUUUCUUUUAUUAAUAAGGUUUUAAAGGUUAAACUGCAACAGCAAAUGACCUUGUAUCACUUGGCAAAUAAACAGUGUGAGGGCUAAAUUUGGAGCGACAUAACUCUACUCUGGUGUUGAAACAUUUUUCAUAUCAAUAAUUGUACUAGUUAGAUUUUACCACUCUCAUCCUGUUCUCAGCAGAAGCAGGAAGCACUCAUUAAUCAAAAAGUUUCAGUUAAACUCGGCAAAAGUACCAUCCACCAGACAAUUAACAUAUUAACAACUACUGUAGUUAGCAAACAAGUUAGUGACAGAGUACAACAUUUCAUUGACACUUAAGAACUGCACAUUCAGGAGUUAAAAACAAAAACAAGUUUACAAGGAAAGAGAUAAAAGAACUUAAAUUAUUUAACUUAAAACUUAUUAAACUAACUGUGGAUGUUGCUUGAAAAUAAAUGUAAAUGUAUGAUAGCUUGUGGUAACUCAUUGGUGCAUAUGAUUAAGGAUUGAAAUUUCUGUCAUAAGCUAUCAGAUAUUUUUAACCAAAAUCUUAAGUUAACAAUCCUCAUUAUGUUAACUGAGUAUUAAUUUAUAAGACUAAGAAUAUUACACGUCUAUUCCAGAUUCUUCUACAACAUUGAGCCUUCAUAUUAAACACCUCUAAAUGCCUCAACUUAAAAGCGUCUGGUUGCCUGUAUCACUUUAAUUGCAGCCCAAGGGCUGUAACAAAAACCUUGUAAAAGUACCUCAGUGGUCACAGUUAUCUUUCAUUUUAAGCCAACCACCCUCUUGUUAAAUUUGUUUCACCCACAGCUGAUAUCGAUGACAUGAAGAUCUGUUACGUGCUGUUGGAUGGGAGCAACGCCACUAGUGAUAUCUUCUACUUCACGAUUCAAGACAACGGUAGGAAUUCUUUGAUAUUUCAUACUUGUCUGUACUGACACUAAAUCUGGGCCUGUUCACAGGAAUAAUUUCCCCGAAGGCUGUCCUCAGACUUUAUCUGCCUUUUAAUGGCUUCUUAAAAUUGAAACUUCCUGCUCUGUCAAUCUCCUGAGUGUUUGCAUCACAAAGACUUAAGGCAGUUGGCCGUGACUGACACCCAGUAUAGAGCCGCCAUCUCUUUUCGCCCCUCUGGAAAGAGAAGGAGGUUUAAAAGAUAGAGGUCAAAGGUGACUUGAGCCAAGCAUACUAGCUGUGUGAUGUUAAAAGUGAAAGAGUGGGGACUACCCUGUGCUUUAAACUUUAUGGUUAUAGAACAAUAGGAUCUCUUUCCCUCGUGGUGUGUCACUGAGUUUUCAAACGUGCUCGAAAGGAUCUAGUGAAAUGUGUGAAGAUUUGAAUGAUCAGUUGAAACAGUCUCAUUCAAUCAGAUACAUUUGAUUCAUUAAAUUGGUUCAACACAUAUUUUUUUAUCUGUAUUUGCUGAUAUUAUCAUCCUUGCAGUUAACCCGGUAACUUAAGUUCUUUCUUUCUUUCUUUCUUUCUUUCUUUCUUUCUUUUCUAACCAAAGUACUGCACUUUUUAAUGAUUCCCUGUCCCGUCUCAAUGUCAUAUACCCUUUAAACCCCUUAUACAUAUGUCACUCUAUAAAAACGUCCUAAAUAUCUGCUGGUAUAACAUAAUCUACUAUUAGUCUGGUUUUGACAUGCUCUUUUCCUGUUUAUCCUGAAGAAUUCUCUUAAAUGAAUCGGAUGUGCUAAGUACAGCCUUGACCAUGUAAUGUAUAUUAGCAAUGUGGCCUGUCAAGUCUUACUCUUCGGCAGAUUUACUCGGACAUAAUUACAAAUAUAGCAAAUGCAAAGCAUUAAAAUGCAACAGGUGGCCUUUGCCAUUUUAGCGUCGGCUAUAAAAUGCAAACACGGUUUAGAAGGGCAAUCAACACAGCGGGGAAAAGUUGGUCUAUACUAGUCUUAGUCUAUACUUACGCUGGUUCAUGCCCCAUGUUGGUGAUACUUCUACUAUCAUCAUUUGAGCCGUUAAGGAGGCAGGGCUCCAAGGAAGUGUCUUUUUGCCUAAAUACUGUCUUUUGCUGGCAAAGUGAAGCCUCUCAUUAAGCUCAGCUGCGUCUUGAUCAUUAACUUUUCUCCAGACCGUGAAUUAAGUAGGAGAUGGUUUAUUUUAAUGACUGUUAGUACCUCUGUCAGUUAUUAUAACUGGUAACACAGCUGGUUUAUCCUGAAAUCUGAAAUAUUGACCAGCUAAAUGAUUUCUAACCUUGUGUUAUGACCUAUUAAUUUGGCUAUAGCAUAGUUAGUUGGUGUUUCAUGUCUUUCAUGGGAAAUGUUACACUGUAGGAAGGGGCUGCAAGGGCUUCAAUUAGAUCAACAGUCUUUUUCUGUUUGCUUUUACAUUGUUUAAGCUCCUAGAUGACUCAGCUGAGCCAGGUGCAGUGGUGCAGGCUGGUACAUUAAAGAAAACUGUUUCUGCGUGACCAUGGUUCACAUGGAAAGGUCAAAUGUGGUUGCUUUUAAUCACCUGCAAACCCCCUCACCAUGCAAAGAGAGAAACAAAUACACACACACACACGCACACACACACACACACACACACACACACACACACACACACACACACACACACACACACACACACACACACACACACACACAAGCACAUUAGGAAAAGAUCAUAUAGCUGAUAAGAGCAAUUUAAGCCAACCAAUGAAUCACUCAAGGGAAGUGUUGAAGAGGUGACACCUGGGGGAUGUGGCUUUAUCCUGGACAUGUAGGGACAUGCAGGUGGAUAGGAGAUAGCGGGCUGAUGGUCAUUUGAUCUACGUAUAGAUCUUAGUAAGUGAGCCAUUUAAGUGGGAGGCUUAAGUCUCAUUUAUUGGAGAUUAUCGCCAAAGUUUAUUCUCUAAAAAUAGUUCCUGUCUGCAAACAUUUCCUCAAUUCAGUGUGAUUUAAAUGUCUUCACGGCGGCAACACAAAGACAUACUUCUGCAUAGAGAUUCAUGUUUAAAAGUCAACCAAAAAUGGAUCCAAUUGAUGUCAUCCACUUCACACUAUUCUCAUUGACUGUCAACAAUUUCACUGGAUUUAAUUUUAUCCUGAAUAGACUUGAAUUAUUCUGUUUCUGAGCCAAAGUGUCCCCAAAGCUCUUGAGUGAGGUCUUUUGUUUGACACAGCUUGGGUGUGACCUCAAUUUAGGAAAUACCCUUCAGAUGCUCUGAUAGGGGCUGCUGCUGAAGGGUCUUGGCAGCUUAAGAAAGGUGCCUGCCACUACAUGCACUUAAUUGAUGCUUCUUUAAAAGCCAAGAAGACACCCAGAGGAAAUAACAAUCUCAGAAGUGAAGCAGUUUUGCAUAGCCACAAAAGAAGUUUUGCAGCAUUCUUGUAUUGUUGUAUCUACAGAUGAAAUAAAGCCAUAAUCAGUGACUUAGAUGUGCAGUGGCAGAAGUAGCAACAGUGUGUGUGUGGCCAGGCACAGCUGUAGUAUGAGCUCAGGAAUGGAUGUUCAGUUGACCUGCUGGUCAGCAGCUGAAUUUAAGAAUCUGUUGAGGAAGAUACUGCAGCUCUUUGAGGUCAGGGAGCAUUUUUGGUCCAAAACAAACAUGCAGAAUUGUUUUAGAUGGAGGGAGCAUUUAUGCAGAAAAAUGAUAAAUUAACCAACAUAUGCUACAGUGUGGAAUGCUGAGUUUGUAGAUUUUGGAUUAUUUUAUACUCUUGAAUUAGUUAAUACAAUCAUAGAGAUACUCCAAUUCUGCAGUAGAAAAAUUUUAAUUACUAUUGAAUUUGCACGCACUGAAACAAAAUCUGCCACUAAAACUAUUAAGUAUAUUACUGAAGCUGUCUUUGCCUAUGUAUAAAAAAUAUUUAAAUGUAGCCUUAGAUAAUUUGCAAUAUUUGACGCCCUAACUGUGGUCAAAAAGUCAUGAUUUAACAUAUCCAACAGAAUCUUAUAAAGCUGGUGAAAAAUAUCUCCCUCUCACUCCCUUUUUGUCUCGUGGCAUUGACCCCAAACACAAACUCUAGUUCAACUUGGGUCGGUCCGUCAGACUGCUGAGAAUUUUUUACUGGAAUUGCAAUAACCUUCAUGCAAGUGACCAGGUCAAAAGCUUCCUAAGGCCAUUCAAAAAGCAGAAUACUGAGGCUGUAAAUACUUGUUUUUGCAAGUCAAUACACAGCUCACAUAUAUCCUUGUCCAUCAGGCAUGGGCCCAGUGAGCCAGAGGCUAAGAGAAGAAAUGCUUAUUUACACCUAGACAUGUUGAGACGUUUGAGGUUUCUCAGAACCAGGGUGAUACAUGAAUGUCACGUCUUUGGACUCUAAAGUGUAAUGGUUUUUGGAAACAUGCCUCUGUUUGAUAGUUUAAGGUCCUUAAGAUAGCCUUUCAGCAGUGCUAAUCAAAUUUUUAUUAAAUUGUAAAAGAGAGAGAACCCCCUGCUUUCAGAUGAAGUGGCAUCAAUAUAGUCCCCCAGCUCUUUAGAGAGUUUGCAGACCCUAUGGACUGGGUGUUAUGUGAUCAUUCAAAGCCGGGAGAGGAAUGCACUUCCUCGGAGACUCCAGACUCCAGGACCACAGACAGAGAAGGGCCUGGAAGUGAAGUGGUAUCCCGUGCAGACAGGUGUGUACGUGAGAGGAAAGGCUCCAAGGGGGAUCCCCUUUCAAAGCCCCUCUGGUCACCCCACUCCAAGUUCCCCAGAAAUCCAACCCAAUCCCAGAUAGGCCGAUAACCUGUAUAGUUGGACAGCAGAGGGGCUUUCACUAAAGGGGCGCUUCCCAAGAGAGUGUAGUGAUACCAAAACAGGGGAAUGGGAGCAGCUAUCUGUCUUUAUGCUCUUUUUAUAAAGACAGACUUUUGUGAUUUUUUUUUCUCAGCACUGUAGAGGUACAGCGUUGUACAGUCGGACUGUGCCCUGACUGAGGGACACAGACAUGUAACACCCCUACUUCCGAACUGUGUCUGGGGAUCUUACAUGUCACUCAUGUCAACAGUCACAGAGAGAUUUACUGGCUAAUGGUGCCACAGUCUGAGCCCCCUGUGACCAGAAGACGCUGUGGCCUCUUAGACCCCUCCACCACACCCCACUCUGUUCUUACUUCGCCUCGUCCUUCUCUAAGACCUCUCCUUAGCUGCACUAUUCUUUUAACCUCCUCUCUUUUUCUUUACCUACAGGGAAUUCCCAUAUCCCUUUCACUCAACAAUGCUGUAACCUAGUUUUACGUCUUUCUUUCCCCUUUUGGUUCAUUUUCUCCGGCCUUGAUUUAUGUUGACUGGAGGGCUGCAGGGGUGGGGAGUUAUGAUGUAUGGCUACACCAGUUAUUCUUAUCUGCUUUCUCAUAUGGCAAAGCUGUUGCUGCCCCCAGCCAAGCUGUCAUUGAGUUACUCCUACUCCGUUCCUUCACCUUUUCUUUUAGCCAUGCUUUGCUGAAAGACUGAAGAUGUUAAUUUCCUUCUGUCAGAAAGUCAGCCAGACCACAUUUUAAUGAAUUGGGUGCAUAUAUUGUUGUAUCUCUCCUGCUUUGGUGAAAGUUUGACCUUUUAGUGAUUUGACCUGUAGUUAACAGCUCCACAGCCCUUCCUUUGCUGUUAUACCAAAGGUCUGACCAUGUGCUGUGUUGACCUUGCAGCACAAAAUUCCAAGUUUAGCAAUGUGCGUCACAUCAGAAGUAGUUCAUCGACCAGAAAGAGUAAAGAGAGCUCAGACUUGCUCACCACUUGCUGCUUUUCCUCACACAUGCAUGAACAGAACAGCAGUGACUUUAAUCCAGCAAACAAACAAAAUUCACUGUAUUGCUUUGGCUUAUUUCAUAAAAGGAAACAUUGUUUGGAUCUCUGAGAGGUCUCUUAGCAGACUUGUAGCUACCACUUAUCACUGUCGUCAGUCGUUUCAUUGCUAAUUGCAGCUGAAGAUACUGGACUUGUGACAGUCGUGUUUAUAGCCUGAACAAUUUUUUUUUCCACAAACAUUUACAAAAGAACAGCUGGUUUGAUCAGAAUCAGAUGUACGUGUUGCUAAUCGGCAGAUGUAAACAUGCUAACAAGCUAAAGGUAGAUAUAGCCUAACUGUUGGCACAUUAUUUUUAAAUAGCUAAUAAUCACUUAGUUUCUUCCAUGUUAUUUUAUUCUACUUCCAGCUGAAAAACAUGAAAGAUGUCUCAAUGAUGCCAUGCACUGGUUUAAUGGAGUUUUGAAGGCCAAGUAUUAAAAAUGCUAACUCAACCUACUUUUGGUAAACGUAGCAGGAGGUAAAGAGGCAGAGUUGAGGUGGGCUCUUAACAGCAAUGUGCCUACCUGUCAGUCAAGUCAACUUUGAACGUGAGUGUUUUCAAUGAAAGAACUGGGCUAUUCAGAUCAAAACUGUUUCUGUGCCUGUCUGUAACAUCUCUACUGGAAAGGUGGGCACUUUGACAUGAGUGUCAAGGGGGCUCCUGGCCUUUAGGGUAGGGUGACCAUAUUCUGACUUCCCAAAAAGAGGACAUGACUACCCAGGGGCGGAGUCACAGAGUAGCACAAAGUUAAUUUAUAGAGUUUCUCGGGUUUAAUCGAGUGUCUUUUAUGUGCUUCUAACUCAGUAAAUCCACAUGACACAUAAUCGAAACUCUCGUACAAAACCGCAGACAUUUGAAGUAUUUUAUAAACUUUUUUGGACAAAGCCGGACAAGCGCGAACAGCCCAGACAAACAGCCCCCCAAAAGGAGGACGUGUCCGGGUAAAAGAGGACAUACGCAAUCUCCACUCAAAUGUUCAUAUUUACUACAUCCCUUUUCAACAUACUAGAAAUCAUUUAUAACCAUUAUCAUUUGGCAAAGAGACACAUCAUCACAUUAGCUGUCAUAGUGAUAGUUAUGUUGUCACUCUAAAGCUCCUGUGUCACCCUAUAAAGUGCAAACAAGCAAGCAUCAAAGUGGAUGUGACUCUCUGACCUUGUCAGAUUAUGAUUGACUACAUCCUGCAGAGAUCACCUCUCUGUUCGGAAAUGAAGCAGCGAUCAAGCCACUGUGAUGAGUCCAUUUACAGCACAUGCUGGAGGGGGGGAAUGAUAAGAGUUAUUAAUACAUGUUAUCAUGUAGCAUUCCUGACAUGAAUUCUUUGGAGCCCAGAGAGAAAGCUUUUACUGUCACUAUUUGAAAAAUGUCUCUCUGUACUUAUCAGAAUCAAAACACAGAAGAAACGUUUCAGUUUUAAUGUUUAGGUUACCUCUGACACCUUUACGAUUUAAUGGACCAUACUUGAAGAACAUUGAUAUUUAAAUACUGAUCAUAGCUGACUUAAACCUGCCGAGUAUUUAUAUCAACAGGGUGAUUAAUGAGGAAAUGCAAAAGGUGACACUUGUCACUUGAUGAGGAUAUUCUUAGAAGGUUGCUCUUGCUUGCAUCAUGCUGGUGGACGUCAAAGCCUCAUAUUGACCUUCCUUUUCUGUAGUAUCCCCGGCCUGACGCACAAUCCCCUCUGCAUCUAUGUAUGGAGCAGGCAGGCAGCACCACUGUGUAAAUAUGAGCUGAUGAAGAAUGUCUCGUGGGAGGACGCUAGAGCAGGAAAAUGUCCCGGCCAUGCUUUCAAGUCGCUUUCGCUGAAGCAAACUCUUGAUACAACUUUAUGAGCUUGUUUGUUUUUUGUUUUCAAAAUCAUUCAAAGCUUUCUUCUUUACACUUUCUAGAGUUUAAUUUAUGAUUGAAUUCUGUGAUAAUAUGUGAUUUACUGCACAAAAUAAGUCAAGCUCCUUUUUAUGAAGAGUAAGCGGGCCUCCGGUGGGUCCCAUGCGGGUGCUAAAACAGGAAAACAUUAUCAUCAUGCCUCUCUAAUAUUCACUUUCAGUCCUUGUCAGUGAUCAGCAUCAAUCAAAUUGACUUCAAUUAAUUCAAUAGCUGCCAAGAGGAACAUGUAGAUACUUAUACAGCCUACAAAGCUUUUCAUCUCAGCAGGAAUUACGAUGAUUGGCAGGUUUUUUAAGGCCAAUGUAAUGUGAGCUGAGACAGGCAGCUACUGUAUGUAUUGGAUUUGAUGGCCAGUCUAAUAUAGUUUCUGUGUCAUCAAAUUUUGAUAAACAAGAAGAUAAAUCAUGUCUGAAAUCGUGUGAAGCAACUUUUUCCGCCUCUAUAUUUGCAGGUAUUUAAAACACUCCUUUAAUUUGAAUUCUUACUUCAAACUUUGAGCAAAGUUUGGCUGUUUAGUCUCCUGAAGUUCCUUGAUUUAUGUUCCCCAGCUAGUCUGGCAUCUUGAUCAUUUCUUGAUUUGUUGAGAUUGGUGCCAACUCUGUCUUUGGUGUCUGACAACAUGUACAAUAGAAACCGGAGAGAAAGGAGGGGAUCCUCCUCUUCUACACUGGUGUGAACAAUGUGGAGGCACGCAGGGAGGCAUGCCAUGCCGGUAGAGUUGGCCCACCCAGACAGCGACCUGCUGUCCCUCUCGGUAGUCUGUCCCCCUGAUGAACAAAGCCGACACAGGGAGGAAGGGGGACAAGGAAGGGGGGUUUGAGGAGGACAGCUGUCACUCUGCCCCAUAUAAUCUUAGAGUCUGGCGGGAAGGAUGAAAGAGAGACAAAUGCUUGCUCUGUUUGCUUGUUGUUCCUCUUUCUGACUUGACGUUACUGAGUGACUUUGUUCAAGUUAAAGCUCCUGUGGGGACUUUGAGCGGGUUAUAAAACAGAUUAAAUGAAUAUUGACCAAUAAGACCAUUGGAGACUACACUGAUCAUUUCUAUUGAGUAACUUUAAAUGCUUGUAACCCCUGCUGGGGGUACACAUCAGAUGCAGUAAUUGACUCCUUACAGCCAAGACAACCUUUUUUAUGGCAAAGAUUUUCAGCGAGUGAUACAACUGACUCUGAAAUUAAAAGUAUUACUUGGUCUGGAGGAGCUACCAAAAUCAGCACAUGCCAAAAAACUCUUUGCAGAAGCUUCAAAAGUUAAAUUUCUCAGGAAAGAUGAGGAAACUCUGGGAGAAAUACAGAUACUUUGGAAACCACAUGAAGUUCUGGACAAAAGCAACCAUCUAGACUGCUUGCUACCACAAAAAAAGCAGCACCUGUUGACCACACAGCAUAAUGAACCCACUGAGAGAACAGGAAGGUUGAUGGCAGAUGUGAGUUAUUCACGGGCCUUUUUCGUCCUUUUUGCACAGCGUACAUUCAGUCAAGUUUCAGGCUUAUUUGGCUAUUUAGCUAUCUCAGACUGAUUUCUUAAUACUGACCUUGGAAACAACAAUUGACCAAGACAAAAGAUGGGGUUACAAAGAAGCUCUGAGAAAUUUUCAGUCUGGGACCUUGUGCUUGAAUGAGUUGAUGUCCAAAAAGACACAUAUUUCACACUGAAUAUCUGCCCUAUUGAAAAGAUGUGCAUAUCUUCUCUGCUUCUGAUUUCUCGGUUUUGCCCGUUACAUGUAAAUGCAGGAUUCGCUGUCAAAAACAUUCAAUGAGGCUGUUUCUCCAGCGUGGUGUUGAUCGUCUGGUCUGAUGCCCUUUUGCAGUGGUUAAAGGGUUUAAAUUUUCAAUCAGGGGUUAGUGUAAAGUUAGCUGAUGCUUAUGUGAAAUACAAUCCUGACAAGGUGAGACAAGUCUUGGACUGAAAACAGAGGAACCAUUCUUAUCACAAAUACAGCCAAAGCCCAGACCAUGUUUGGGUUUUCAGUCACUAUGUGUCCGAUCUUAGUGGAUCAGAGUCUGAUAGAAGUUUAUAUCCUAAACAUACAUAUAAAUAUCUUGUAUUUAUCUUUUAACUUAAACAAACUAUGUUCAGUAGUACAUAUGAGUAUCAAAACUCAUAAAAAGUACACGUGUCUUAUUUUGCACAGUACUGUCCAUCGAAUUUCCCUUCAGGGAUAAACAAAUUUUUUCUUAUCUUAUUUUCUUAUCGGUCUGUGGACACACAAGUUCAAACACAUUUCCCUUGCUUCAUUAAUAGGGAGUCUACUGUUUUAGUCCUCGUAGUGGUGAAACCUAAAGCUGUCUGAUUACUCUGUGCCAAAACAGAGCAGCUUUUUGCCUCUGCCACGUUCAUCAGAUUAUCCUUGUUGUUAACCUCUGCGUAAACUCAUAUCAAAGAGGGGUCAGCAGCCAGGACACACUUUAUAAACAAUCAGAUAACUGAGGUUUCUCAAAGACUGGGACUUUGUCGGACUUCCCCUCUUGUUUUUCAGAUUAUUCACUCGUGACAAAAAGAUUCAGUUACUCUUAAUAGUGAGGGGGAGAUUAACAUUUAGAAAAACACAUCAAGCAUGUGUAGCUGAUUCCACACUCACAAUGUCAAAAAUCAUUUCAUUUCAUAGAUUAAUCAUCAUACAUGUGCACCGUGUCAAUGAGUAAAAAUUGGGGCAUGCAGAGAAAAAAGAGCCAUCACAUGUUUCCUGUAUUUUUAGCCAUGACGGUUGGAAACCUGAGUAUGGAGUCUGUUUGAGGGUGGCUGUGGUCACUGGGCUCUGCUGCUCCAUGCUGUCUGCCUUUAACUAUGCAGAGGCUUCACUGAUGAACAGGAGCAUCAUGGAUGGUUUAGGCCCCCACUUUGAAGUUUUUUCCUGGUGCUUCCCAAAAUCCUAAACUAUGACUCACUCUUCGCUUCAUUGAAGGUGGGACUAUCGGUGAAAUCAGUUGUAUUUGGGCUGUGUUCAUUCAUUCAUCCCAAGUUUCUGAGGAAUUUAAUUUUUUUCUUGACGGUUUAUGUUUACAAGAUUUAGAUAUUAACACUAUGAUGCAUAAUAUUUUAAAGUAAAAAAAAUAAUAAAUAUAUACAUUAUGCAGACAUAUGUGAUAUUUUAAUGAUAGCAGUUAAAGUAGUUAAACUAAGUGAAGACAGAAAUGGUAAAUACAUUUUAUUAAUUUGUGUAUCUAUAAACUUCACCACAACCCUGCAUGAUACACCCACUGGGCCCCCUCACUCAAAGAGUUUGGACACACCCCUGCUUUGAUUCAUCUGUUCAAAAUGGAUGAUAAAAAUGAAAGCACUUGUCAUGAUUUGGUGAGGAUGUUCAUGUUCAGAUCAAUUGAUCCUAGUAGAGAUGUGCUGAAGUUCAGUGACUCUUGUUGCCAUCAGCUCGAUCUGCUCGUAUUCUCCUCAAGCGGGUUUUCCCCUGUUGUGACUUGGCCUGGUUAAGCUUCGGUGUUGACAUGUGGGUUUUAGGAAGUACCGCCCUCCCCUCCCCAUGAUCAAGAAUACCCACAUUCAACCCCCCAGUGUUUUCAUUCUCUUCGGCCACAUAGCAGAAAGAGAGCAGCCUCUUUCUCCCUCACUGAGCCAAGACUGAGCCUGAUGCUGGGAAAUUGUGUGAACAAGGAGACACUUCUCUUCAGACUGUUACUUCAUUUUUCCCAAGAUACUUUGACAUGUAAGAUGCCCUCGGUGGUGAAUCAGUUUGAAUAAAAUAUUUCUUGUUUUUAAACAAAAUGGAGUAUCGUACCAUUUCCCCUGCCUCUGUGAUUUCCUUCCAAGAUUCUCCAGCAGCGUUAGGUCAAUAGGGCCGCUGUCACUGUGGCCAGCCGUGCGAGACUAAAGAGGGGGAGAUCCCUCUCUAAUGUCCUUGAUCCAGAGACCUCACCGACUUUGACCCAUUUUACAUCAAAAGUCACAGGUCGCCAAGCUCGUCCCACUGAAGGAUAAGACAUCAGGGCCUUUCACUGGUGUUGCUAAAAAAACAUCCAGAUUAUGUAGGUGAACUUAUAAUCUUAAAUAUCUCUGAAGUAUCAAGUCAGUGAUCAAAAGUGAGCUGACAGUUUGAGGGAUUACAUGAGUCAUGAGAUAGUGUGGCUUAAGGACGGGAUUGGGUCGUAAGUUAUGGAUCAGUGGAAGUUGACUGAGCUUUAAAUAGGUGUUUUCUUCAGAUGGUUUGAGAGCGCCGACUCCUCAAAGAAGAACAAGAGGCAUUAAACCAAAGUUUUCAAAGUGUGAAGAGUCUGACAUUAACACUCUGGAGAAUAUUUUCCCAAACAGUCACACACGAGGUGAUACUGCUGUGUGAAGUAUCAGGAAGUCUACAUUGCACCAGCGCUGAUAUUAAGAGCAACAACAUCAGGUUUUGGUGGAUCGUAUGAUUCUGUUGGACCAACUGAAUCAAUCACAGAGACUAUUUCAAAGUAACAUUAACAUUAUGACAUUAAUUUAUGGUAAAACACCUGAUAUAGCCAUUCUGUGAACUGUCCCUGUGCUGUUGAACUCAAUAUCAGCAUUCUUGAAAUGCCUCUUGUCAAAUCAGAUGUCUGUCUUUAAAUUAAUUGUGGUAUAAUGAGUAUUUAGUGGACAAGUAAGUCUUGAGAUCCUCCCUAUUUGGUCACAUUAAAGAGGCCUUGGUGGUCUCUGUGUGGGGAAAUCACUUGAAGCUCUACAGAGAGUGACAGUGUGGAUUACCAGGAUAAUGGAGACCUCCAGCUCAUUAAGACAUUAUACUAUGACCGUGUGUUUUUCCACAAGCUGACUAUGCACGACAUUUGAGGAAACAGAAAAGGAAAAGAGAGAUUCAAGAAAACCUGAAUAUGAAUUUAUGAUUCCUUUUAUUUGUUACCUAAAAGCAGAUUUUUUUAAGGUUCAUAUGUUUCAAUUGAUCAUAGCUCAAGCAAGUUUGUCUCCUAUCAGUACAAGAAAGUGGAUAAAAUCUUUUAAUAAAGUGAACUUUUUUCUGUCUUUUAGGUGGAAACAAACUUAAACCACAGCCAUUCAGGCUGAACUGGGCCUGGAUCUCUCUGGAGCAGGAAUACUAUUUGGUGGACGAGGACGCCAAAUUCCUGGAGGUGACACUCAAACGCAGAGGCUACCUGGGGGAAACCUCUUUUGUCAGUAAGUGAUGAAAUGAAAAAUGUAGUGUGGGUUAGUUAAAAUGAAUGGAUUACUUUUUUAUGUUACAGUUUGUCUUAAUAUUUUCCAUUUAAGUCAGUAGCAGAAUUUCUGCAGCAUUUCUCUGCAGAGAUAUGAAUUAUGACGCCACGACACUGCACGCCCUUUUGAAACUGACAACUUAACCAUGAAUUAUUGCCUCUUAAAGUGUUUCCUCAGAAUGAAUCAUGUUAUUUACGAGCCAUUUAAAAGGCCAUCUCUGCUAUAAAACAUCAGCAUAACCCUCUUAUUUAAAGUCAAUGCAGAUCCAUUUAAGGCUGCUGGAUGUAUUAAGUUCAUCCCCAGCAGGACUCUUCAAGCUAAGGCAGCUUUGAUAUCACUGCUCUGCUCCUGAAGGUGCAACUCCUUUGUGUUCUUGUUUGACUGCUGGGCACCCUGUUUUCCCCUCUCCUCUAAAGGAAGCCUGAUUGAGAGCACAUAUAACCUUUCAAAGUAAAGGUCAGGAGGAAAUGUCAAUAUACUGGCGUGUUUGGCUGCAUCAGACACUUGCACGUGACAGAUUUAUCAACACGUGAUUGUGUUCAUUUCUAUCUGCCUUUAAGAUGCAAAAGGAUGGUAAAGGAAUAAGAUGUGUACAUGAAUGAGUUUAUAAAUGCAGUUUUUUUUUAUGUAUAAACUAUAAAAUACGUUGUAGUAUGUUCUGUUGUCUGUGUUGUCUUCACAAAGAGGUCAAAUCAUGCACAUCUCUAUCGUAGGUAUUGCCACCAAGGACGGAACAGCCGAGAAGGACAAAGACUUCCGGGGCAAAGCCCAAAAGCAGGUCCAGUUCAACCCCGGCCAGACUACAGCAACCUGGAAGGUGAAGAUCUUCACAGACCAUGAGUUUGAGAUCUCAGAAACCUUUGAGAUCCAGCUGUCAGAGCCUGUCAUGGCUGUGCUGGAGUUCCCUGAUAUCGCAACAGUCGAGAUCGUGGAUCCUGGAGAUGGUACAAACUAUUUUUUUAAACAAAGCAUAUUUAACUAUUUCCAUUAAUGCUGCCUUUGAAACUCCAGGACUGAACCAGAUGAUUUAUCAUUUACGUGUGAUCUUCCUGUUCCUCCCAAACAGAAUCGACAGUCUUCAUUCCUCAGGCAGAGUUCAAGAUAGAGGAGGAUGUUGGAGAGCUGUUGGUGCCUGUUCGGCGCUCAGGGGAUGCCAGUCAGGAACUUAUGGUCGUCUGUUACACUCAGCAAGGUGACACGGAGCUGUUUCUUAUAGAAUUUUAGCUGUAGGUCUACUUAUCUGUGGAUGAAGAGGUACUGACUGAAACUGAAACAGAUGUGAAGUUGCCUUUAUUACAACUUUAUAAAACUUGACAUUUUGUUCUUCUUUUGUUUGUGAUGGAACAGUUAUCUUCCUUAUCUGUUUAUUAACAUCUUUCCUCCUUUAACCCUGUAUCUCACCUCUGUUCCCUCGACUCUUCAGCCACGGCCACUGGCACCAUCCCCACCAGCGUGCUGUCCUACUCUGACUACAUCACCCGACCCGAGGACCACACCAGCGUGCUGCGUUUUGACAAGGAUGAGCGAGAGAAGCUGUGCCGCAUCAUUAUCAUCGAUGACUCCCUGUAUGAGGAGGAGGAGAGCUUCAAUGUCAGCCUCAGCAUGCCCAUGGGAGGACAGAUCGGGGCUAACUUCCCCACUGCUAAGGUCACCAUCCUGGCAGACAGCGAUGAUGGUAAGUGAAGAGGGCUUUUGUAUAAAAACAACAGGUCAGUUAUCAUCAAUUGUACCAACUAAGCUGGGCUGUGAAGAUGCUUAAGCACAGUGAUAGACAUAUUCGACAUUAUAUAAAGAUGGACAACAUGUCUCCACCUUCUCUCAUCAUCCAAAAACACUGACAUCAUAGCUACAGUAAUGAUAUUCCUCUCCUUACCCAUGGCAAUAGCACACAAUUAAAAGAUACUUAGAGUGGAGGGUUUCAUGACUCGUAUUUGUGUAUGUUUAGUUUUCUUGGACAUUAAUUCCUACACUUUACAAAUCCUAGACAAACAGCACUACAGGGGCUCAUUUGUGCAGGGAGGCAGAUGACCUGCAACAGCCUGUAUGAUCUUCAUUAGCAGAGACACAGUCAGUGAAGUGAAAUACUCAAACUACACAAAUUCAGAAACUGUGCAACAGUCCAAAACAAACACAACAGUGGGAAUGCACAUGAAAUAAGAUAAAUAAAGGGCUUCAAAAAACCAAACAACUGCGUUGGCUGCAAAUAUACUAUUAAAGCAAAAACACACAAAACCAGAAAAAAAACAAAAGAGUGUCCUUAAACAGAGCUCAGUGAAACAGCUUUAUAACACAGAAGGAGACCAAACACUAAACCCAGUGCUCAGAUGGGAACUUGCAAAGUUUGUCUGCAACAGAGUUCCCCCUUCAGCGAAAAUGAACACUUAAAAUCACCAUCAUCAAAUAUAACCAAAAACAAUUAUUUGAUGUGUUUUUAUUCUGAAGUUUGACCCAUACUUCCUCUGUCAACAUGGAGGAGGCAGCGUUCAUUCCAUGUACUGAGGCCAGCCUGGGCAGAACUCCAACUGUAUUGAUUCACUUUUGGGGAGUUGCCAUAUCCUUCAUAUUUUCACUGAGUCUUUGUUAUAUUCAUAAAGUGUAUACAUAAUGAUGGAUGCAUGGGUGGAUGGGUGGAUAAAGGGCACUGAUCUUAUGAAAUGAUUACAUUUUAUGGUUACUUAUGAAAACAUGAAUUUGAAACAACUCUCUUAGGGUUUGAUCAGAUUUACAUUUUUGAUUAUUCUUUCAAGCAUAGGUUAUGUUCUCAACCCAAAAAGAGGUUUACAUGUUAUUCCUACUGCUUAUUGUCGAUGGCAGUGAUGAUGGCAGGUGUGGCAGAUCCUGUUAAAGCUCCUUUGACGCUCUCUGUUGCCCUUUUGGUAUCUAAACACCAGUAAGCCACCACUAGUUCCCAGACUGGCAAAAUCGUCAGAGUCGCCAGAAUAAAAGCCCCACAUAUUGUCCCUAUAUACUGCACUUGCCUUAAUGGCUUUACAGUACUUUCAGGUCCAUUAACCCUUCCUGUGUUUCUUUGUUUACACAUUCUGCUUCAUUUAUCCAGCACACUCUAUCUGUCGCUCCGUGUUAGGAGUAAGAUAACAAUAGACAGGUGUUGAGAAGUAGAACUGCAGCCUCAGUGCCUCUUCUGUCGCUGUAUAGAUUGUCUGACACAUAAAAGGGGCUUUAAACCUCUCCGUGCUCCUCCAGCGACCCCUCGUCCUUGUUGUUAUUCAGGGGAGCUCAGGGGAAACAGAGGGCAUCUCUUUGUCUGCAGGGACCAAAAGGCAGGUGGUGCAGAGAGAGGAACUAUUGUGUAGGGGACCUGAAUGAGUGGCAUGUUUUCACUCUUUUUUCCCCCUGUUAUGUGGUAUUCAGGGCUGUGUUUCCUGUUUCAUGUUAAAGAUAAUACACUCUGAACAAAUGCAAGAAUCUGGUUUAGAGGCUAUAAAUCACAUAAAUGUCAGCAGUCUGAUUUGAUCUGUCAAACAAAAUGUCUCAACAAAUUGACAAAUUGUAGCCCUUAAAUUCUUCAAAUCCUUUCUUUUCAGCCAUUUAGUCAUUUUAUCCUCCUCUUUUUCAUCUAUUCUUAACAUUUCUCCAAGGAUGUUUUCUGAGGCACACUUAACCAAAACCAAAACUCAUUCAGCACCACGUGAUUUGGUAAUUGUCUUCUAUGUAGGGGAUUAUGUUUAGACAGUGGUGUAUUACCUGGUUAUGCACCAAAUAUUCAAAGACAUAACCAGUGGUAGUAUUUCAAUGACAAUUUAGCCUACUUGUGGGUUCAUUAACACUAAAAAGUUAACAUUUUCAUUUAUAAUGGAGUCUAAAAAUUAUAACUUAUUUAAUUAUGUAUUUUUGAAUUAAAUUAGCGGUAAUGUUUUCAUUUAAAGAUGCAGAAAAUAACAGCAACACUUACAAAAGGCCUCUUUUUCUCAUAACCAGUCCCAUAACACUGACAUGUUGUGGUUUGUCCCUGUGUUGCAGAAUGAGCUUGUUUUGUUUUUAUAUUAUUCAACUUGAUUCAACAUCCUUCAAUAAUUUCUGCUCUGGUCUCCCUCUUCUUCUUCUUCUCCACUUUUCUCAGCUACUGACUGUUUAGUCAAUAACCACCAACCUUGAGCUUGCGGUUUACCAAUAAAUAAAAAACGUUUUAUUAAAGUAUUUUCCAUAUUUUUCACCAAUGCUGUUAAAAAGUAUAUUACUGUAUUUGUCACAUAUGAAGAGGUUAAAUCAGUGCAAAACGUUCCUAAAAGGAUCAAAAAAUGUAUUUCUAAUCUAAUCUAAUCUAAUCCAAUCUAAUCUAAACAAAUCUAAUCUAAUCUAAUCUAAUCUAAUCUAAUUUUAUAAUGACAACAUGUGUAGGCCUUUUCAGGGAACCAAGAGAAACAGACAUUAAGGUGUUUUUUUAUAAUGUCUUGCGGCUGCUUUCUGCUUCAAUCUCAGUUAUCGUUCAGUUAAUUUUUCUCAAGAUCAGAAGCUCCUCGUCUGUUUACCUUCAUUAAUAUUUGGGAGUCAUUUUGCCACAGUGAGUUGAUGAACUGUUCCAUGAAACCAAAAGAUCUGUCUUUAAAUUUGGAGCUUAGUGGUUUCCUCUCAACAUUUCACCAAAAUGUUCCUAAGUGCCUUGUGACAUUUCUCUUUUUUCUUCUAAACAAUUUGUCCUCUUUAAGAUAAGAUAAAAUAUUCCUUUAUUAGUCCCACAGGGGUAAAUUCCAAAAACAUUGUCCUCUUUAUAAAAAGGCUUAUUUCUUGGAUUUGCCUGUUUAGGUGAAAGACCCUCCUAACCAAUCUAUAGCAGCAUAAAUAAUCGGCGUGCAUUCCCAGACAUGUGUAAAGACAAAGGAAGCCUCCUCAGUGUAAACCUCUAUUGUAGUUCUACUUCUUGGUGGGUCCUAAAGCAACACCCCACCAUAAAUCUGAUUCAGUGUGUGUCUGUGUGUAAAACCAUCUGCGUGCCUGAGUAAACUUGUGGUUUGGACUCUGGCCAGCAUCCAACCUCCAUUGUUACUGUAUUCGUCUGGCUCUCCCUCACGCUGAUCUUUAAGGUUGACAUGUUGGCACUCACUCCCCCAUUCUACAUCCUCUCUUUAACAUCCUCCUCAAUACUAAAUAGCUGGUCUAGAGGCUGAAAGGUGUUGAAAGCACGCCAGAAAUCCUCCCUUCGGCAUCAGCUGUCUGUUGAAGCAUCAGUCAAAAAACAAAAAUCUGCUCGGCUAUAACAUCAUUCAAGCUUGUGGUCUUCACAAGAAUCAUCAAACAACAUGAACGAAUAAUCAAACUGUGCUUAGUGUCAUCAGACAGAUCUUCAUCAUUGUUGUGAACAAAGCUGAUAUCAGAAUUUUGAUUGUUUGUAGUUGUUGAUGGGAAAGUGCCGUUGACAAACCUGGAAGAGUUUCUAAAAGUUAGAUUAUGUUUAGCUUAGAGCACUGAGCUCACAGAGAUUUAAAGUAGGAACAGAAUCAUUGAGACACUCAGCACUAAAUAUGCUGACUUGUACUGGUUUUAUACAGAAAAUAGGUGCUGUGAGCCCAAAAUAACACUGUUAGUGGACGUAGACCCUAAAGCUAGAGGUUGCUCUAUCAGACAAAGUUUAUUUACAUUUUGUUCUAAAGCUCCAUAAUUAUAAUUUGAUAUGAAAUAUUAAAGCAACUUUCAAACGGCUUUGUGCCUUUGUUUAUGUAAAAUAUCAUGUUUAUGUCCCCACAGCAAAAAAGAAAUAGAUGAAUAAAUCCUUCCUCGAAAAUUAUCUUUAAAAAGUUUGCCUCGCUCUAUGCAUUAACCAAUAUUUAAAACAUAAACUAAAUGUGACCUUAUAGUUGUUUUUAUUCUUGUGAUAAGAUUUUCACCUUGAUAUAGAUAUUCAGAAAAUAAAAUCCACUGUUGAAACUUAAAUGUCUCAUUUUAUUUAAGUUUCUUAAAGACAGGACGUCCUUCCAUCUUGAAACUUUUUUCUGUGAGUUUAUUGUUCAAAAUAAAUCCUCAGGACUGAAUUUGCACCUCUAUCAGUUGAUCUUAGAGCAGUGUCCUGACACAGUGUGGUGAAAACAGUUUUUAUAAAUAAGUGAAGACGGAUGAAUCGACUGUGUGUCCUGGAGUCUGAAUUCUUACCCUCCUGCCUUUGCAAAGUAGACGUUUGCCUCUCUGUGUCUGCCAAAUCUUUAUCAUACUGUUUAUCAGCAGCUCUAUCAUCAGAAACUGGGUACAUCCCUUCAAAAGAGCAACUUACUGUGUACACACACAAGCAAGCACCUUAUUAUUCAGGUAUAUCCUCAGCCCUUUGGCGCUAAGUUCAGACAGAGCCGUCUGGAUUUGGAUAAGUGGGGGAGGAAAGUUGAAGGGGGAUAGGAUAAGAGGGAUGACAACCAUCUUCCUGUGCUGAGUCAGAAAGGGGGGGAGUUUGCUCAGCUAUUCAUGCCAACUCACCCCUGAACCUGACUGCAAAACUACAAAGACAUGCCGUUUCUGAAUACCCACAAGAAAGCAACAAACACCCUUGUGUCCAGUUUCCUAUAAAAAGGAACAGGUGUAUGAGAAUUUUGACAACAUUUAACCUCCACAUUUUCUCAUCCUUCUCAUUUCCCACAGAGCCCUCUCUGUAUUUCGGAGAGCCUGAGUAUGUUGUGGAUGAGAAUGCAGGCUACGUUGAGGUGAAAGUCUGGAGGACUGGGACAGACCUAUCCAAGACGGCUACUGUCACCGUCCGCUCCAGGAAGAGUGAACCUGUCUCAGCAGAGGGUAAAAUCAAAAACAAAGAAAGAAUUGAUACAGUUGAGUUAUAAAUUUGCACUGCAGUAUUGGUUCAUGGUUUAUCUGCUGUCUUACAGCUGGAUUGGACUAUGUUGGCAUCAGUAGAAACCUGGAUUUUGCUCCUGGAGUGACUAUGCAAACAUUCAGAGUAACCAUCCUGGAUGAUCUGGGACAGCCUGAGCUAGAGGGGCCUGAGACCUUUGACCUGGUGUUGAGGAUGCCCAUGAAUGCUGUGCUGGGAGAACCAAGCAAGACCACCAUCACCAUCAAUGAUACUGUCACUGACUGUGAGUGUUAAGCAUUUACAUUAACCUACACUUUAACUUUGCACUACGUAGUCAUCAGUUGAAAUAAGGAAUCAAGCAAAAUAUAUUCUUGUAAUAUGAAAAAAAUGACAUGUCCUUACAGCUGAUAAUGUGUAGAUUCUGUUUAAAAAUGCUAAAGAAAGGGUUUCAGAAAAAAAACAACAAUAUAAAAACCAGAGCAACAUCAGUCAUAAUUGGUGCAACUCUGAUAAUAACUUCAUUCAUGCCUCCACAGUGCCAAAGGUUCAGUUCAAAGAGGGUAGCUACAAGGUGGAUGAGUCUGACGGGGAGAUAACAGCUAUAGUGUACCGCAGUGGAGACAUAAGCAUCAGGUCCACAGUGCGCUGUUACACUCGCCAGGGCUCUGCUCAGGUCAUGAUGGACUACAGCGAGAGACCCAAUACUGACGCAUCAGUCAUCACCUUUCUACCAGGUGAGAAGUCCCUCUCCACCCUGAUGUCCCCGAGUAUGUCACUGAAUCCUGAAAGGUCUAAACUGAGUCUCUUCAUCCUUUUCUCUAGGUGAGACCGAGAAGCCAUGCGUGGUUAGCCUGAUGGACGACUCAAUCCACGAGGAAGACGAGGAGUUUAGACUCGUCCUGGGAACUCCCAAAAGCAAGUCACCGUACGGGGCUUCACUAGGGGAGCAGAAGGAGGCGCUGGUCACAGUCACAGAUGAGAAAGACAGUAUGUACUUCAGUUCAAAUGAUUCAGACAACCUUACGACUGGCAGCAGCUUAUACAUAUAAACCAAUGGGGUUUAAAAAUAACAGGUUUGAGAAAUGGAGGAUUUACUCAUAGACUAAGCACUUUGCACUUGCCUUUUUUUUCUGUUCCAGAGCCCAUUAUCCGUUUCUCAGAGAUCAAGUACAGUGUGCGUGAACCUCAGGUCAAAGGGAAUAUCGCUAUUGUGAAGAUUCCCAUCUUGCGAGUUGGUGACACAUCGAAAGUCUCUGUGGUAAGAGUGCACACCAAGGAUGGAUCUGCAACCUCUGGAGAAGACUACAACCCACUGUCAGAGGGUAAAAUCCUGGUUUAGUGUCUCUUAAUAAGAGUCUGUGUUUGAAAUACUUCGGUCUAUAAUCACUGCUCACUUCAUUGUCUCUGUUUUAGAUGUUGAGUUCAAGGAGGGUGAGAGGGAACACUUUGUGGAGGUUGAGAUCCUGUACGACGGCGAACGUGAGAUGCGAGAGGCCUUCACCGUACACAUGAAGCCGGAUGACAACAUGGUGGCUGAAAUACAGGUGACACAAAGGCCACAAGGUCACAAACACACGCUAACAAAUAUAAACCAGUAGCAAGACCUAUAUGUGCACACUUACAGUGCUGCAUAUUCGUACACGUGAGCAUGCGCCGUGUCAUGUCAGCCUGUGUUAAAAUAGCCAAGAAGCAGCUGGCAUUGCUGUCAGCACGCCUGGACCACAGAGUCUUAUAAAAAGCUUUUCCCUGUGGAAUGAGAUGCUGGAGGGAAUGUCCCAGCAGGGCCAAACAGUAGACAAACCUAUAAACAGAUCUGUGACAUUCUACCCAUAUACUCCACACCAGGCAUGCACUGAUCACAUGACAAAUCCAAAUUCAUCAAGGUAACUUUUCAAAAAGUGUUAAAAAUGAUUGUAGAAAGCAGAACCCAAUGAUUAUAAGACAAAUCAUCUGCCAGUGGAUUAGCUUUUGUAUUGAUUUAGCUUUAAAUCCAGCUGGUGCUGUUAUCUCUUUACUCUAACUCUACCCUCUCUUUUCAAGAUGAGCCAGUUGAAACAGACUUAUUAGCCUGGAUGUUUCUCUUUUCCUGAAAAAAAGAAGCCUUCAAAAAAACUGGUCAUUUUUCUCAGAGGCUUUACCAUCUCUCUGACUGUCAGUCAGUAUUACAGAGGUUGGCCUUGAUAGCAGCACUUAUCAUGCCAGAAUCAUACGGGUAAUUUUAAUGAGAAAAUAAAGUGAUCAGAAACACAUUUGUCAGAGGUGAUGUAUAAACUGGGGCUGAUUGAUUGGAAGUUUCUGAAAUCUAAAAAAAUUGUCAUCUUGCUAACUUGCCUUUUCUUCUUGCUAGAUGAACAAGGCCAUUGUGUACAUUGAGGAGAUGGACAGCGUGGCAGAUGUCACCUUCCCUGCAGUGCCUCAGGUGGUCUCCCUCCUAAUGUAUGAUGAUACAGCUAAAACCAAGGACAAGCCCAACCCCCCCAAUGGGUACCCCGUUGUAUGUGUGACGGUAAGUGAAGCCCUUCCUUUACUUUUUACCGCCUCAUACACAUCCAGACUACUUUAAUUCAACAGUUUCCAUCUCUUUUCUUCUCUCUUGCAGGCUUGCAAUCCAAAGUACCACGACUUUGACAAAACUGGUUCCAUCUGUGCGGCGGAGAACAUUAAUGACACUCUCACUCAGUAUCGCUGGCUUGUCAGCGCUCCCACUGGGUCAGAUGGAGUGACCAGUCCCAUGAGGGAGGUGGACACCAAUACUUUCUUUACCAACACAAAGUCCAUUACCUUGGAUUCAGUCUACUUCCAGGCUGGUUCAAGGGUUCAGUGUGCAGCAAGAGCCUUCAAUGCUAAUGGAGAUUCCGGCCUGGAGCUGUCCAGCCCUAUUGUUGGGAUCAGCAAAGAAGAAGGUGACUAAUGAGAUAUUGAGGAUGGAUUUACAUAUGUGCUUGGGAUAGAGUUCCAUGGCUGAGCUAAAUUUAAACUCUUUGCAGGUAUGUGUCAACCUCGCAUCCAAGGCACAGUUGGAGCCGAGCCUUUCUCUGCUAAGAUCCGCUACACUGGUCCAGAUGACCCAGACUUCCCCAACCUCAUCAAACUGACUGUAAACAUGCCUCACAUGGAUGGUGAGUAGUUGAGGAAGUUAUUACCAUUCUGUAAUCUAGGCAAGGUCAGAAAAUUGACACCUAUUCACCUCCAACAGGCAUGUUACCAGUGAUCUCCACAAGACCUCUGUCCAACUUUGAGCUCACCCUGAGUCCAGACGGCACUCGUGUUGGCAACCAUCGCUGCUCCAACCUGUUGGACUUCAAUGAGAUCCAAACAGGCCAUGGUUUUAUCACAGAUGCAACAAAGAACCCUGAAAUCAUUGGCGAGACUUCACCUUACCAGUACAGCACUAUCAUGCGCUCGGCCAACUCUUUGCGCUUCUAUCGAAACCUCAACCUGGAGGCUUGUCUAUGGGAGUUCACCAGCUACUACGACAUGUCAGAGCUGCUAAAUGACUGUGGAGGAUCCAUUGGCACUGAUGGACAGGUAAGAGUUCCCAGCCCAGGACCCUCAGAGUAAUAAUGCCAGAGACUGGCAACUCCCACUGUCCACUGAGAUGGUCAGAUAUUGCUCACUGCUAUACACACACUUUUAGGCCAAAUCCAAAAACAAACAUGAGAACAACAGAAAAAUCUAACAAAUACGGCUUAUGGCAAUUUGAAGUCAUAUAAGAAUGGCUAGAGAUGAAAUAGGUUUAAUCUCAUGUUGGGCUAAAGUUAGCUUAACUUUCGGCACAUCUGGCUGCAUUUCCUUACCCAGUUAUACAUCGACCUGCACAGGCAAAUGCAGUUGUUUCUCUGUUUAGCUAUCUGACAGAGAUUUUCCUCUCCGUACUUUUAAUGAAAAAUAUGUCUUAAAUGAAAUUAUGUAUGAUCCAAAAUGUUGUUGGGACUCGCAGUGGUGUUAGCAACAGGUUUAGCCACAAUUACACCAGAAAUGAUUAUUAGUGUAUUAUUGGGACUCACUGAAUGUCUGGAGCUUUUUACUGGGUGGUCUACCAGCUAUACUACAGUUUUUAAAUUUGGCAGUGAGUAAAAGCAAGGUGGCUAUCACAGAAAGCUUUACUCAAUUUGCUUUUACUUUUUUGUGUUAUACUUUUGGGCCUUUUUGGAAACAUCACCAUGUUUCUGGCUAGCUUGUUAAUUGGUAGCCCUGCUAACUACAGUUAACAACUGUUGAAUUCCUGGAGCCUCUUUUUGGUGUCAAUAGGCGUUUAUACUCAUAUAGACACACCGCCCUUUCUACAUCAGCCCUGACCACGUCUGACUUCUCUCUUUCUCCAGGUGCUAAACUUGGUCCAGUCUUACGUCACGCUGCGUGUUCCUCUGUAUGUGUCCUACGUCUUCCACUCUCCUGUGGCUGUGGGAGGCUGGCAGCACUUCGACCUGCAGUCAGAGCUCAAACUCACCUUCGUGUACGAUACAGCGAUUCUGUGGCAGGAUGGCAUUGGCAGCCCACCAGAGGCUGAGUUACAAGGUUUGUUCUGUGACCCCUGCUGCCCCCUGCGGUUCCUUACAGAAAGAUGGGUUUGUGAAACCAUGUUGAACUUUCGUACUUUUUCUCAUAGGAGCCAUGUACCCAACCAGUAUGCGUAUAAACGAAGAAGGACGUCUGGUGGUCAACUUCAAAACAGAGGCCCGCUUUAGGGGACAGUUUGUUAUGUCCCACCCAGGUAUGAGGACAAGACCAACACUCAAACAUGCCCUAAACACAUCCGCUGUGGUCACUCUAUACAUCAGCCUCUUAUUAGAUUACCCUGUCGGUCACAUCUUCGCGUCCAUUUCAUCCCCUCAUCUAUUUCUGGAGUUCUAAUUAGGGGCUUAUUUCUGUGCGAAAGGGACAGAGGUCAUUUCAGCAAACAUCAAAACGACCUUACUGUGUUGAGAGCGAGUGACACGUACAAUGUAGAGGUCAAUCUAUACAUAGUUAGAUCUCGAUCUGACAAAAUGCAUCUGAAAUGACUUAUGACGGUACAUGUUUUUUCAGGAACCAGUGUUUCGUCCAUGGUGAUGUGUGCUGACCACCCUGGGUUGACAUUCACUCUUGCCUUGAUCAGGACCGAGCCUACCUACAACCAGCCCAUGCAGCAGUGGAGUUUUGUCUCUGACUUUGCUGUGAGUGGACGGGCAAUCAAAGCUUUCCACGCUCUUGAAUUAUAAUGGGAAGCAUCAACACAAUGUCUCUCACCCUGUAGGUGCGAGACUACUCUGGGACCUACACAGUCAAGGUGGUGCCCUGCAUUGCAUCACCCAAUGGGGAGUUCACCAUCCCUCCUGUUUGCCACCCAAGAGAGCCGCUUACAUUUGACAUGGACAUUCGUUUCCAGCAGGUUAGUCUGGAUAUCCUGACAGUCCCCUGGCUUUAUCAGGCUCAGGGUUCGCAGCCUAUUUUCUUUGAGAUGACAGUAAAAAGAUUGCCGUUACGCAAUCUUUUAUAACUUUAGAGUCAGUUUUGAUAAUUUCCGAGGCAGUUUUAAUUUAUAUGUUUUUAUGAGCUGUUGACUUGCCAAAGGAGGAUGUCCAAUAGUCUGACACUUGUGGCAUAUUUGCAGCAAUAAGUCACAUGACGGGUAGUUCCUGCUUAUGAACCUGUCCUAUGAAUGGUUGCCUUUGUCCUGUGUCCUAGGUGAGUGACCCAGUAGCAGCCGAGUUUAGCCUCAAUACUCAGAUGUUCCUGCUGUCAAAGAAGGAGCUGUGGUUGUCUGACGGCUCCAUGGGCUUCGGAGAGGGGACUGAUACAGCUUUUUCAGAGGGUACAACACUGACAUCUGAUGGAUUUUGUUCAACAUUACAGCUGAGAACUAUACAGCCUCCUGGUAACCCCAUGCUGCGAUCUCACCAACAUUUUUACCUGUUUGUUGCUUCAGGCUCAACUAUUUUUGGCCGUGUGAUGGUGGACCCGGUCCAGAACUUGGGUGAUUCCUUCUCCUGCGGCAUUGAGAAGGUCUUCCUCUGUACUGGAGCAGAUGGUUAUGUGCCCAAGUACAACCCCACAAACAAGGAGUACGGCUGCUUGGCAGAUGCUCCAUCUUUGCUUUACAGAUUCAAGAUCCUGGUAAGAUACAACAAAUCUACAUUAUUUUGUGGAGCUUUAGAGGCAGAGGGGCAGAAGAACUCUUUCUGAUUUUCAUUUGGGUCUCUUUCAGGACAAAGCCCAGCCAGAGACUCAGGCCACAGCAUUUGGUGAUGUUGCCUUUAAGGCGACACUGGCUCAGGACACACCUGGAGGUCUACCUUUAGUCAGGCAAACAGGAUCAGAUGGUUUCACACUCUCCUCAUCCCCACUUUUCCAGGUUUGUAUGAUUUUCAAAAUGAAGUAAACUCAAAUAUUACAUAAUUAGAAAUGUAAAAAGACUAAAAUCUGUUGACUUCUGCAGGUGGCUGCUGGUCGAGAAUGGUUCAUCCACACUAUCUACACAGUCCGCUCCAGAGAAAAUGCAAACCGCAACAUUGGCAAACGCAGCGUGGAGUAUCUGCAUCACAGCGUGUCUUCAGUUGAACAACCUGAGACUUCCGUCGAGGUCAUUAACCGCCACCGCCGCGCUGCCCCUGCUUUCUCCAGCCCUUCUCUAACUAAAGACAUCCAGGACAUUGGGGUGGAAAACAACAGAGGCACUAACAUCCAGCAUAUAGCCCUGGACAGAGCCGACCGCAUGGUAGUCAACCAGCGCCAGCCCUGGUCACCGAAUCGUGACGCCCUCCUGGAUCGCCCCCUGUUGGAGAGUUCUGGCAGAGAGCCAGCUGACACAUCCACCGUGCCCAUGUUAGUUGGCCUUGCAGGUCUCAUCCUCCUCAUCUGCCUCAUUGCCACUAUCGUCCUUCUGCUGCUGCGGCGCAAAAAGAGGGAAAAGAAGACCCAGCUGCCUCCUUAUGCCAGCUCCUCCUCCUCUGCCUACAAUGGCUGCAGCCAAGGAUCAGCAAGUAUGUGGAGCAGCUCAGACAGCUCUGAGGUUUAAAAGUGGAUCCCCAUCCACCCAAAACACCUGCCCUUUUCUAAAAAUAAUAAUAAGACUGUGAUAGUCUCCUCCACCAUUGUGCCUUCAAAGCCCAACUUUUGUAGCACUGAAUGACGCCCAGUACAUCCUGUGGACAGCACAUUUUGUCAGUGCUCAGGGCCUAAAUGCAGAGAAUGCACCAGAAUUUUCAGAGACUGAUUUAUCUCUGACAAAGGUUAGCGCUCGCUCUAAUGUAGGUUUUUGCAAAAUAUUUUGAUUGAUGGAUGUAUAUGGAAGCCCCUGAAAAUGAUGUACCCGCUUCAUUGGUUGCAAAAGUUGUAAAAAAUCCUGCUAUACCGAAUGUUUGCAAAUGCAUGAAAAUCCCAAAUAGAAAAUGCAGUUAAUUAAGAAAACAGCAACCUUGUUUGAAAUGAAUGAAAGAAAAUAAUUUUCUAUGUUCCUCCUCUAAGAAUAAUAAGUUUAUCAAGUUUUUUAUUACUGAAAUGUUUGUUUGUGUGGAGUCAAGGAAAUGGACUGAAUGUUAGUUGAGGCUGACCUUAAUGACAAUGUGAUAAAUGUUUUUUAAAAAUAUUGAUAUUUUACUGUUGUGCUCUACAAAGCCUGCAGUAUAUCUACCCACUGAUAAGUAAAAAUGCCAAUAUAAGGUCAAUGAAAGGGAUUGUAAAUGUCAUUUUAGCUGUCACUUUUUAAAACUUUCUAUCAGGUCAAUGUGGCCAAAAUCAGAUGCAAAACUUUCUGUGCACAUAUCAAUGUAGGACUAUGAGAAAUGGUAUUAUUACACCCUGGUAAAACUUGAAAAUAUUAACUGUGUCUUCCUGGUUUGUUGAUCAAAGUUAGAAAAAAAAAACAAGUGCAGAAAAAGUUAUGUUUCUACCACCUACAGCUGACGGUGAAUUUUCAUGUGCAAACUGUUGGUAGAAUUUAACGGUUUAUUCAUUUGUGAAAAGAGUUUGGAUGUAUUUACACUUCAACUGCCAAAUAUAAUUGUCUUUUUUGAGUCGGCUCUUCUUUACUGAAGAAAACACUUUUUUUUAAAAAAAAGGGGGAGUUUAUUUAUGAUGUUCAAAAAGACAUUUUCUACUUCACAUAGGAAGAUUAAAAAAAGAAAAUCUUCAAAAUAAAAUGGGUACAUAUCGUACAGAGCAAUGGAAUGUAGUACAACCAGUAGGCAUAAAUACAUUUAUUACAUUUUAGUACUAGUAAAAAAAAAACUAGCAGACAAACUAAACCAGCACAGCUGCAGCGUUUAGGUGACAACAAGGCAGGCCUGUAAAGGAGCACUUCCUAAAACCUAACACGAUGAGAUCAGUCCAUCAGAGGGUUUUACACAGUACAUUUUCACAGCCCGUAGAACAAACACAGACACUAGGACUAACCACACCAGAGCUGGCUGCUGCUCUCUGUAUGCAGAACGUUUCAAGUGGUCAGAAGCUUCACAACUUGAGCUUUUUCCUUCGUCCACGACCAUCUGGAGUUCCCUCUGACUUUCGUUUCUGGGCCUGAAGACAAAAAAAAAAAAAAAAAGAGAUUAAAAUACCUGCGAUACCAAGACAUAGUUGAUCAAAACUAGCUUUCUGUAAAAUGACAAUUUUACAACUUACCGAGCCAGUCUUAGGGCCUCGUUUCUUUUUCUCCGCUUUCUCCCGCUCCUCCAGCUCCAUGUUCUCUCUCUCUAUGAGUGUAAUAAGGGUGUUGCAUCGCCUCUGGAGCUCCUAACACGUGCACAACAAGCAAAAGUUUGAUUUUCAAGUGUUUUUGUUAAGCAACACUGGAGUAAUAAGUACAACGUAAACUUUGAUUUACCAUGGCAGUCCUGGAUUUGAGAAACCAGUCGAAGCGGAACUGAGGCGAGUUACGGAUGCACUGACGCAGCUCGUCGUAAACGCUCUCCUUGUCGAAGCCCAGCUUGUGGAGCAUGCAGAUGAGGAAGCGGUCCUCCUCCUCUGUGUAGUUCUUUCCUUUGUUGGUGCCAUAGGAGAUGCGGAGCUGGUGGAAAGGGGCCUUGUAGCGACCGAUCUGGGCACAGACAAGAGCCACAAUCAGGGAUUACUUGUUAGCCAGGAAAAGAGGAUAAUGUCAUAUGGGGAUAACUUAAGGAUGACAGCAAGGUGAGAGGAAGCUAAUGAGGAAGCAGGAAACUAAUGGCUAAAAGUUUGGCAGACAACUACCUUGGAAUCAAGUGCUUUCUUUAUGCUAAUCCUCCUCUGGAUCCUGGCCUCUCCUCUUUCUAUCUGUGCCAUGAUCUUCUCAAUGUCCUGCAGCUCGUUGCAGCGCUCCCAGAAGACAGCUGGAGGAUUAAACACAAACAGAAAUGCAAUAACUAUGCCAAGAAAUCUGAAGUUUGGGUUUACUUGUGAGAAGACGGAUUAUUUAUCCAGUUCUUACCAGAAUACUCCAUGACUUCCUCUGGAGUUUUUCCCUCAACCUCUCUGGCGAUGUUCUCGAUGUCAUCUCUACCCCAUUUCUCGUUGGCUUUGAUGAACUGGUUGAAGUCUCGUUUGUUCCAGAUGGUAAAUCCCUGAAAUGAAGAUUAAGUUGAUCAACUGAUGCACCAUCUAGAUCCUCGAACAACAGAUCUAAUCCUGACAUGCAGCUGAUUGUGUUUGGUAGGAUUAAGCUGUACCUGUUGCAGCAGAUUCUCCUUCUCCUCCAGUUCCUCCUCUGUGAGAGCCUCUGCCUCAUCAAUCUUAGCCUGUUCUUCUUUUUGGACCUGGGCUGAAUUUGGCAUGUCUGGGUUACGGGGCACCUGUGCACACACAUUCAGGGGUUGACUACAGGGCAUUUUCAAAGCUCUUAAGUUGACAAACACCAAUUGCGCCUCAUCUGAAAACAAACAAACAACAAAAAAACUUUGUACCUUGUAGCCUAUGGUCUUUCUGUAGAAGAGAAUUUCUUUUUCCAGGAGCUCAAACAGACGAGGAGGGAAGAACUGGAAGUCCUGAACGUUUGGCUGCUUUGGAGGACGAGGAGCCUGGGAGAUGGAGUCAAACAAGCGUAAGUUACACCGCCUGUCAACUUGUCAUCUGUCAAUAGAAGUUAAGAGUGAUCCAUCCAUACCUUGGGUGCUUUGGGCUCACUGACUCGCAGGGCUUCUCUGAAGUAGGCGUCCACAGCGUAAUUCGCUUUCCUUUCUCUCUUAGGUGGCUCGAUCCAGUUUGUUAUGACCUGAGUGAAGAGACACGAUGACAGCAUAAGACUUAGCUGUUCAUGUUGUUGGAGUAUGGUACUUAAAAAGGUCAGUGAUGAUGUUUCUGGUUACCUUCUUCUUCUCUCUGUAAUCCUCUCCUUCAAAUGUGUACACGCUGCUGUUCUCUGUAUCCAUGGUGAAGUUUCUCAGAGAGCUCUCACCCAGUGAAGACAGCUUCUCCUUCAUCUCCAUAGUCUGGUGCAUGAAAGGAGAGGACCGUUAAUAAUACAAAUUAAAAACUAACGUAAAAACCACAGACUUCCUGUAAUCCUGUGCAUCCAAACACACCUUUCUUUCCCCUCUCUCCAGGAUUGCAUCGAUGUCAUCAUCUGUGAUCUCGCUCUCUUUCGAAGCAAACACGUGUGUGGCGCCGUGGCGGAUGAUGGACAGCAUCUCGUCCUUGCCCAGCUUGUUUGCACUUGGGUCCACGAGUCUUCCUGUUGAAAAGAAGAAAGAAAAAACAACUCGUUCAAAACUUCAAUCUUUAGUUGAUACUUUCUGUACUGUGACAUGUCACAUUUCUACAAGCCAUCAGAAACGAUGAGACACCUUGCUGGAUGACAAUGGAGUCCAGGCGCAGUUUCAUCUCGGCCCUCUCCACGAUCCUCUCCUCCACUGUGUUUUCAGUGAUGAAGCGAAAUACUCGCACCUGCUUCUGCUGACCAAUCCUGUGAGCUCGGUCCUGGAACAAGAUAAAACUUGUCAAUCUCAAUUCCAGUCUGCUUCAUUUUGGUGUGGACUCUGUAACUGCUUGGGUACUAACCAUGGCCUGAAGAUCCACUUGAGGGUUCCAGUCGGAGUCGUACAGGAUGACCACAUCAGCUGUUGCCAGGUUGAUACCCAGACCUCCGGCUCUGGUGCUCAACAUGAAGAUGAACUUGGAGCUGUUGGGCUCGUUGUAUGCGUUGAUAGAGAUCUGAUGACAAACAACAAUAUCAGAAUUUGUGAUUCCAGUUCUUGGAGUAUUGAACAAAAGAUGAGACGUCUUCUCAUCCAAACACCCCACCUGUCUCUCCUCAUGUGGCGUCUGGCCAUCCAAACGGCAGUAACCAUAGUUCCUCCACAUGCAGUAGUCCUCCAAGAUGUCCAGCACCCUGGUCAUCUGACUGAAGAUGAGCACACGAGAACCUGGACACAAGGAAAGACGGCUUUGAAAUAAACAAAAGGAGUGCAGAGCUGAGGUUUUUAAUCUCUUGCUUUGUUGUUAAAGAAUCCUAAGCAUGAGGGGGCUUUACAUACCCUGCUCCUUCAUCUUGGGUAGCAGCUUGUCCAGCACCACCAUCUUGCCACUGUUCACCACCAGGUGGAGGUCGGUGGUGUAAGGGGGACCGGGCUCAGCUCCGUCAAACAGAUAUGGGUGGUUGCAGCAUUUCCUCAGCUGCAUGAGAACGUUGAGCAGACGCAUCUUGUCCAUCUUACCCGCUGAGUUCAGGAUGUCGAUGUCCUUCAUCAGAAUCUUUGUGUACCUGUGACAUGAGUUAGUAUUACACACCAGUCAUAAAAGUGUGUUGAAUAAAGGAGGAAAGGACCGAUAAGAUUAACCAAGGAUACUUACCACUCUCGCUGCAUCUUACUUAAGCCCACAUACAUCUUGAUCUCUUUUUUGGGGAGCAGGGUUUUUUCAACAUCUGCUUUAAUACGUCGAAGCAAGAAGGGACGCAGGACCUACGUGGAAAACAGCAAAUUAAAAUGAGUGUUUUAACUCACAUUAAGCACCUUCACAUUUACACACUUCAGCAGGGAGAUAAGAAGAGUGAGCAAUACUCACAGUGUGAAGACGUUCGACCAACUUCUGAUCACCCAGGCAGUUGUUUGUGUCAAACCAGGAGUCAAAGUCCUGUGAGGGACAGCAUCAUCAGUCAUACUACAAUCAUUAGAGCUUGAACAAGGGCUUGGCAGGUGGGCACUCUUGUGAAAUUCUCCAUGUACCUUCUGUAUUUCUUACCUCUGAUGAGUUAAAGACAUCAGGCAGCAGGAAGUUCAGCAGAGCCCACAACUCGUGCAGGUUGUUUUGCAGCGGCGUUCCAGUCAGCAGCAAGCGAUUGGUGGUCUUGAAUUCGCGCACAAUUUCUGACAGCUACAGAAAAACAUGAAAGGUGUUCAGUGUUUUGUAGAGAAAACGUCUGAGGAAGUGGUUCUUCCAAGUGUAUACAACGACUUUUCCAUCCCAUUAGCUGUCGAACCUUUGAUUUUUCAUUCUUGAUCCUGUGGGCUUCAUCAAUGACCAGGUAUCUCCAGUUAAACUUCUUGAACACGGCUUUUUCAAUGAUGAGCAUUUCAUAGGAUGUAACACAAACAUCCCACUCCCCGGGCAGCAGCACAUCUCUGAUCAGGGCAGUCUGGAAAGACACGAAAACAAAAUAAUCAGCAAACCAGUCAGCAGACAUUGAUGUUCCUCAGCCACCAGGUAAAAAGGUAAGAACAAGACUAAAAAAAGUCAAACAAAAGCAAAAAAAUUUUAACAUGGCUGAAUGCAGGAUCACUGAGUCUGUGGGUACAUGAUGUAAGAUGAGUUUGCUAUGGUGGUGAAGUGGCAGACUCAGUACUAACAGCCUUCGGUCCCCCCUGCAGGUCAACAACUGCAUGCCAGUAAUAAGACACGACCUACAUACUUAGGUUCUUAAGCACUGCAAGUGAACCUGACAUUGUGCACAAGAGUUCUGGACUUGUGUAUUAUAAAAUAAAGGGGCUUUAAUGCAAAGAUGUGUCGCUAAUUGGUCCAAAAAGCAAGUAGGAGGCAUGAAAUUAAUAUCAUGGCGACUGUUUCCAGCUACAGUUUGUUUCAGAUCACAACAAUCUGGCUCAGCCUACCCUCUGAUCUCUGUCUCCUAUCAGGCAGACCGCUCGCAGUGAAGGCACCCAUCUCUUGAACUCAUUCAUCCAGUUGUAGAGGGUGGACUUGGGCACCAGGACCAUGUGUGGACCAGGGAUGUUUCUGUAGUGCUUCAUGUAUCCUAGCAAGGCAAUGGUUUGUAGAGUCUUCCCCAGACCCUGAGCAACAGCAGAGAAAAUGUUAAACGGAGCAGCAGAGUAAGAACUGUGAGGUGAAAUUAGGAUACAGGUGUAGAUGAAACAUUUUUGACGGUGACAACACCAACCAUCUCAUCGGCGAGGAUGCCGUUGAUGCCGUUCUCGUACAAAGAGAUGAGCCAGUUCAGACCGCGAACCUGAUAGUCCCUCAUUUUUCCUGUUUUGACAUCUACAAGAUAGACAAGAAAAAAACAGUCACAACUUCAGCUCAUCGUGUUCAGUCAAACAUUCAAUAAAAAAAGGUCACUGCUUACAGGAGGGGGAUUCAUCAAAGCGAGUGCAGAUAUUAGUUGUCUUGGUGCUCUCAUUCAGAAGUUCUUCAUCCUCCUCUUGCUCUGUGCGUCGAUGGCGGUUGCUGUUAAACGAAUAAAAAAAGUGUCAAAAUAAAAGAGCAAGUGAACAAACUAAAAUGAAAAUUCUCCGUACUGUUGAUUUGUACAUACUCUCCAGCAGACAACAGGUUCUGCUUUUCAUCUUUCUUGAUGCGAGGACGCCCUGGCUUCAUCUUCAGGGGUGAGGUUGGAGUCUUCUGUGCGGCUGGUUGGAUAAAGUGAGCAAACAAUUCUGUUUGCUUCAACAGGUACUCAAAUCUGUUGGUCCGGUCUGUUUGCUGCAAACACAGGAUGAUCUUUUUUAUUACAUUCCCAUCCAAGAAAAGAAAAGUGCAUCACGUAACACAAGCAGAAGAAAGGAGUACACUUACCACUUUCUCCUCAUAACCAUGAGUGGAAUCUUUAGUUUUGGAUGAGGAGGAGGAGGAUGCAUCCUGCCCAUCAGGCCCCGCAUCUGAGGAGGACUCUUUCCCCGCAUCAGAAGAAUCAGACUUGAAGACCUGAAGAGCAAAAAAAAACAAAAAAACAAGAGAAAACAGUUGUGUCUUAGCGGCUAUCCUCUGGUUCUUGUAACAUCAGCAGACACGUUCAGACAAGAAAAACUAGUUAAAGGGAUAUUCCAUAGCAAUACACAGCGGUCUGAGGAGCCAUAAACAAAUCUCAACCAAAAAGCCACUCAAUAGCCACAAAUAAUGCUCAGAACAGCACCUAACUUCAUCAACAGUACAUAUAGGGUCACACAGCCACAGCACUAGCCACCAAAGUUCUUUUCAGCUUUGCCUAAUUUCUUUAGCAAAGAGACUAAACACAACUCACCUACUCUCUUCCAGCAGCCGCUUGUUUGUAGGGAGACCUCGGGCCAGUUUAUUACGGACUGCUGCGUCUCAGUCUGAUUACAUAUCCAUGAAGAAAUGAUCAUAAAUGUUUUUCCUUGAACUGCGUCACUCUACAGCAGUCCGUGAUAGACUGGGCUGAGGUCUCGCUACAAUCCCUUCAUACAGAUUUGUAACAUUAUGCUUGCCGUCUCAGUCGAAAGUUAUUUACAUUCAUUAACUCUUAAAUAACUGGGUCAAAGAUUGAGAAGCCGAUUUGGUGUGAUUCUAGAGCAGGACCUGGUAUUAUGAGCUCUAAACAGAAAGAAAAAGCUGUGAAAUUGCCCUUUUACUCAUCUCUAAAACUCAAAGGACACAUGUUUUGAAGAUUUAAAAUGGCAUUUUAAGAAGUCCAUAGACUCCUUAAGAUGAUACAUUCAAAAUCUGCCAGGUCUGGGUAUUUGUUUAUUAUGGAUAGUUCUAAACUUAGUCAGGACUAAUCUUCCUGGGGUCCAGACACUGAUACACAACAGUCAAUACAAAGUACAAUGAAUUACAGACAAUAAUUUCUUCAAUAAUAAUGGCCUCUUUAAUUUUCUUUCUAAAUAUCCAUUUUCUUUCAGUAUUAAUCGCAUGUGGUGGAAGCUGAUUCCAAUAUUUCACUGCUCUGUACAGCAAAGUUCUCUUUAGAGCCUCUGUUCUUGGCAGAGGCAGGGUGAAAUGAGCAUUGAAGGCAUGCCUGGUUACAUAGCCGUGCCUAGUAAGUAGCCUGGUAGCACACAACGCAGCAGCAGCAGCCAGCAUCAUCUUCCCUCUUCAGUUAGAGGCGCUCUGACUGUCCCACUGAAAACAAAGACGCAGAUGGGACAGCUGAGCGGGCCACUGCUCUUCACAUGCUCCUCCGAGGUUUAUAAAAAGUCCAUUUACGUUUAAAGCGACACCAUCAGCGAAUCCGGCUCGGUUGUCAACAAAAAACACACCUGGACUUCAAAUAUAACUGCGGAUGGCUGACCAGUGUGGCUAAGCUCGGAGUCACAGCGCUUAUGAAACAAACUGGCCUUGUUGCUGUUAGCUUCUUCUUCAGUCCUGCUGCUGCUGUUGUUGUGAGUUAGCCACCAGCUAACUAGCUUUCACAUCCUCCGUUAACACUUCCGAAGUGAACGUUUCACACAACAGACGGGGAGAAACUUGUUGUACCGGGAUGGAGGUUACAUUUCUAGUCAUUAAAGGUUCUGUUUAAGGUGUGAGCGGUACCAGGAACAGAAAAUAUAUUAAGACCAUCUUACCUCCGUUCCUCCGGCUUCUUCAAGUUCAGUUGGCUCUUCCCGCGGCUCCACGCAGUUCUCACUUUCGGACAUUAUUAACGAUUUUCCCCCCUCAGUUCGGAUAUGUUCCCGUUAUUUGACGCCUGGUGUGAUCUCCCGUGGAGGCCGGUGUAAAUAAUCUGGACUUUCUGGCGGUAAACGAAACUAUCCCGACGUUUCUAAUGAAAGACGAACCGGCUGGUCAGAGGCAGCAGCACGCUCGCGCUAGC